UAAUGCGACAAUGGCGACCUGAGAAGAAUCGUGGCGUGCGUUAUCUCGCUUCCAUUACUUCAACAGUGCGACUCAGCAGUGCGUGAAAGUGCGAAAGUGCGGUUAUCGUGAUCGUGUACGCGCUAGCGUGAAUGCGUAGCCCGUUAACGUCACCGAGGAGCGCGUUUUUCGCGAGGCGCGAAUCGAAAUCACGAAUCUCCGCAUACCUCUCGUCCCACCGAGGUCAGCAAGACGGCAAUCGACACAGCCGCGAUUCAUGGUGCUGGUGUGUCUCGUCGAAAAAACGACCGAGCUAUGGGCACGUUCGCGUCGUCGCCUAACCUAUAAUGCGCUGUGGAUCAGCAAUAAUUACUUGCCACGCAAAUUUAGUGGUACUGGCAUGAUAAAAUAAGGGAAGUGAACGAAGGAAAUGAGCCACAAUAUCGCGGGCAUGCCACCCUUCACAAGGAUGCCAUUGGCGGGUAUGGGAAUGGGUGUAAAUAUGGGCCCAAAUGCCCCACAUCCUGACUCUUCUGCCCAUCCUCAUCCACCACCGCCACCACCAGCUGGUACUAAUCCUAAGAAAAAAAGACGUACAAAUUCAAAUGUUGCUCAACCACCUCCACAGCAACCUCCAUCUGUACAGGAUCUACUACCCCCACCUUUAUCGGGUUAUGGUGAUACAAUAGUAGCGAGUAAUCCUUUUGACGAUACACCACCACAGACUGCGCAAAGUCCAAUGAUGCAUGGAGGUCCUCCACAUAUGCAUCCUCAUCAUCCUCAUCACAUGGGUGGACCUCCUAUGCGAGGCAUUAGUCCUUUAACUUCUAUGAGUGGCAUGAGUCCUAUGAUGCCACAUAAUAUGGGCAAUAUGAGCCCUAUGGGUAAUUCACCCAUGACAAAUCACAUGAAUCAUAUGGGAGCUAUGUCUCCUAUGAAUCAUGCUCCUCUUGGUGGCAUGAGUCCUAUGAAUAACAUGGGGCCAAAUAUGCCACCUGGUCCAAUAAACACUAUGAAUAACCAUAUGAAUAUGAGUCAUAUGGGAAAUUCACAACUAAGCGGUCCACCUAUGGGUAGUCCAAUGAAUAAUAUGAAUAGUGGGCCUAUGGGUAGUCCGAUGAACAACAUGGGUCACAAUAUGGGCAGUCCUAUGGGUGGGCCUCUAGGUUCUCCGAUGAACACUAUGGGAGGAUCCAACCAUAUGCCUAAUGGACCAAUGAAUAUGAAUAACAUGAAUAGUCAUAUACCGCCCAACAGUCCAUUAAAUGGACCAUCGCUAAACAAUGUGAAUAGUCCAUUAGGACACAAUGGAUCUCAACCUCACCCAAAUCAUAUGGGAAAUAAUCUUAACAAUUUAGGAAGACCUAUGAAUGGACCUAUGACUACUAUGAGUUCGAUGACAUCAAACAAUAUGAAUAUGACUGUGCCGAAUCAGAUGAACAAUAUGAAUAUGGGUGGUCCAGGAAUGAAUAUGCCUAAUAUGAAUAUUAGUCAUCAUAAUCAAAUGGGAGGUCAUAUGACAGGACCAAUGGGUACAAUGCCCAAUAAUAUUGGCGGUGGACCACCUAUGGGACAUCCCAUUAAUUCUAUGGGAGGCUCUAUACCACCACAUGGAUUUCAAGGUCCAGGAAUGGGUCCAAAGUCAAUGCCAAUGUCUACGGUCAAAGUAUAUCCUCCAGAGCAGUCAAUGGUAUUCAAUCCACAAAAUCCUAAUGCGCCACCAAUUUACCCUUGUGGAGUUUGUCACAAGGAAGUACAUGAUAAUGAUCAGGCAAUUCUGUGUGAAUCGGGUUGUAAUUUUUGGUUUCAUAGGGGUUGCACAGGAUUGUCAGAACAUGCUUUUCAAUUAUUAACAGCAGAGGUUUAUGCAGAAUGGGUGUGUGAUAAGUGUUUGAAUUCGAAAAACAUACCCCUAGUUAAGUUUAAACCAUAA